AUGUCCAAUGAAGAGGACACGUGCCAAGCUGGUUACCGUGAGUUCCUGCGUCACUUCGACGCUCCAUCUUCGCAAGGCGCUGCUCUUCUCGCCAAGAUGGCUACGUUCGAUCCUGGUUAUUUCACGCAUAAGCUUAGGGACAAUGUUCCAAUCGGCGAUUUUGAGAUCAUCAACAAGAAUGACACCGGAGGCUGUCUCGUCCUAUAUGCCACGCUCGAACAAUUAAAGGCUGCUCGAUCCGGACAGGGGGUUCCCGAUGUGUACUAUAUUGUGGUAGCCGAAACGCAUCCGUCCGAAUGCUCUGACCGAAGUAACAAGUUCCUGGAACAGCUAGAACAACGGAUGCUAGUUGGCAAAGUUCUUGAGAUGGCGAAGGAAAUGAAACAUUCUCCGGAAACUGGACGACCGUACGCAGCAAAGCAACCGCCGUUCAACUUCUUGAAUCUCUCUGGCGAGAAACUAACGGAUAGUUUCACCCAAUCUAAGCUUGUAGAGAUCCUAGGUCUUGACCAGCUGUCGCAUCUCACGCAUCGGACCCUGAUCAGCCAAAGCAAACUGAGCAAACCGAACAUAUCGAACGAGCUCGACAAAGCGGCGUCUUCACACAACGUGGUGGUGGAUGGCAACUCCUGUGGCAAAUUCGAGCUUCUUGGCUUCCCAGGCACAAUCUCAUCCUGGCACAUGGAUGUGAUGGGGAUGACAUGGAUACAGACACUUUCUGAGCACAAAGCGUGGUGCAUAGUCGACACUCCGGAUAACGACGAGUUGUGGGACGACUUCAAGGAACACGGUGUGGGAUGGAAACCCAAACUGGGCACUGUGAAGGUCAUCCCCCUAUCGGCAGGCGACACACUGCUGAUGAUGCCCGGGAAGUUCAAUGCGCACAUGCCCAUAUCUUUCGGAGACUCCUUUACACACAUGAUAGGUGGCCAGGUAUGGCCAAGAGAUCCCAGCUAUCUCAAGGGCCUCUUGCGUAGUUUGUCCUACGUAAUCGAGCACAACGACGUCGUGACCAACGAGCUGCCCCCAAGGCAACUGCCGGCCCUAAUCAAUAGUCUUCGUGAAGAAAUUGCCCUGUCCUUGCAAGGUACACAGUCGACUAUUUCAUCCGGCAGCCGCAACACACCAGAGUACGAGCAGCACCAUCUUGAUCAGCUGGACGAGUGGAAAGAACCCGUCGGCAAAGUCGAGGAGGAAAAGGUAGACCGCGCAGUCUGCCACGGCGCCUUCCCACAGUUUGGUCUUGUCAGACUUCUCUCUUCAUGCUGA